GAUUGCAUUUUUCCUUACCCAGGUGUGUCAACAUGUCGUCUCAUCUGCAGUGGAUGGUGAUCAGGAACUGCUCCAGCUUCCUCCUUAAGAGGAACGGACAAACCUACAGCACCGAACCCAACAACCUGAAGUCCAAGAACUCGUUCCGUUUUAAUGGACUUGUGCACAGGAAGACGGUUGGAGUGGAGCCAGCUGCUGAUGGGAAGGGAGUUGUCGUUGUCCUGAAGAAACGUGCAGGUCAGCGCAAACCAGCCACAUCUUAUGAGAAAAUCACCAUCAACAAGAAUUCGCGUGCCACUCUGAGCAGCCUGCGCCACAUCAUCCGCAAGAAUAACUACAGGAAAGACCUGCGCAUGGCUGCCCUGCGCCGUGCCAGCGCCAUCCUGAAGAGCCAGAAGCCUGUGGUGGUGAAGAAGAAGCGCUCAAGGGCUGCAAAGACAGCAUAAACUUUCAAUAAGAAUGACAUAAUAAACUUGUUUAAACACA